GCCAUCAUCACCUCCUUACAAGCAGCCUCAAGUCAAGUCGAGCACACCGCACAAAAGCAGUCUCUCUCUAGUAACUUUUGCCCCUGAACACACUCGAUCUCGAUCUAUCAAUCUGUCCUAUGGCGCCGACCAGGAGAAACCAAAACCCCAUUGUGUUCCUGGAUCUCAACAUCGGCGGCGAGUACGUUGGCCGCGUUGUCAUCGAGCUGUUCGCCGACAAGGUGCCCAAAGCGGCGGAGAACUUCCGGCUGCUGUGCACCGGCGAGCGCGGCAACGGCCUGCACUACAAGGGCGUGCCAUUCCAUCGGGUGGUGCCCGGGUUCAUGUGCCAGGGCGGCGACAUCACCGCGGGCAACGGCACCGGCGGUGAGUCCGCCAUCGGAGACGGCCGGUACUUCCCCGACGAGGGUCUCGGCGCCGUCCGGCACGACGCCCCCGGCGUGGUGUCCAUGGCGAACGCCGGGCCCAACACCAACGGCUCCCAGUUCUUCAUCACCUUCGACGAGGCGCCGUGGCUGGACGGCCGCCACGUCGCGUUCGGCCGCGUCGUCGAUGGGAUGGGCGUCGUGCGCGCCAUCGAAAAGGCCGGGUCCAUGAGCGGCAGGACGGUGAGGCCCGUCGUCAUCGCCGACUGCGGCGAGCUCAAGUUCCGCGCCCUGUUCUGAUUAAGGGUUAAAAUUUACUCUCUACUAAACCUGACAACUAUAUGUAUACACAUUCGUAUGCGUACAAUUACAAGAUACGUGUGAGAAACUAUGUAGAGCAUAUGUGUGCUUGUGUCCUCAUCGUUCAUGCAUGUGCACCUAGCUAUUUGUUGUGUUGACCUAUACGACUAAUGCUGAUGUGUGUGAGAUCAAAUGGUUGGUUAUUGAGUUAAUAAAUUGCUGACUUUUGGGUUUGGUGCCAA